UGAUGCCGCCAUAUUGAAAAAUCCAUCAGACCUUUUCUUCAUCCGUCAUUCGUUGUCUGAGCAAAUCGCAACUCGUCCGAAGCAAGAAGUUGUGUCUUCAUCGUCGAAGCGAAAGAAAAGCGCCCGGUGGAUUUGACCCUUGUUAGCUCCAGUGUUUUUCGCGUCUCUUUCCGACGACCGACAACAAUCCAGCUGUGUGAUGGCGUACGAACCGAAGACGGCCCCGUUCGAUCCCCGCUUCCCGAACCAGAACCAGACCAAGUACUGCUACCAGAGCUAUCUGGAUUUCCAUCGCUGCGAAAAGGUAAAGGGCGAGGGCGACCAGGUAUGCAAAUACUUCAAGAGCGUCUUCUCGUCGAUGUGCCCGAACUCGUGGGUUGAGAAAUGGGACACCCAGCGCGAGGAGGGCACGUUCGCCGGUCGCAUCUAAAGCGUUGGCGACGCAAUCGAA